AUGAUUUCCAUAAGAGAUAAUUGUUCAACAUAUGAUCCAUGCGGUACAUAUGGUUACUGUCGCGAUAAUUCAAAAGAUGAAUGGACAUGUAUAUGCAAGUUUUGGUGGAAAGGAACAUUGUGUAAUGAACUAUCGAGCGGCGGUAAACAGGUUAUAGCUCUUGGCAUUAUCACAGGUUUUCUUGUUGCACUGUUCUAUGGUCUAGGAUUAUUUCGCUGGAUUGGUAAAAAAAGGCAAGAAGCAGUAAACUAUAAGAAUACAUUAACUAUUGAAACUGUCAAACGAAAAUCUUGUACGAUUUGUAUAAUUGCAACUAAUUCAUCUCGACGAAUGAUGACAUGGAUAACUGUUAUUAGUACUUUUGUUCUUGGUACAAUUGCUAUCAUUAUUAGAUGGAUUAUUUUGAAAAGUAUUCAUAACGAAAUAAUUUAUAAAUUCAAUAAUAAUCAAUCUCUCUUUUAUAAUCGACCAUCUAUUUGUCGUAUAAUUUAUAUGCGAGAAGAAUUUAAUAUGUUUACUUUUCCUGUUGCUUGUUUACUGAUUUUGUUAUUUGUCGUGAUUACAAAACGAGAAUCACAUAGAAAAAAUAGAGUUUGUAAAGGAUAUUUUGGUUUACCAAUUCCAUUAGAUUUUUUUGCACGUAUCAAACGAACAUUUGCUGCAAUUACAUUUGCAAUUUUUGCUGAUGAACUAUCAAAUCUUGCAAACCAAUUCAUAAAUGGAAAUCGUUCAUCAAUAGAUGAAGGUAUAAUCGUCACGUAUGUUUUUCUAAUAAUAAAAGUAUUUGUAAUUGGUUUUCGAUGUUAUCCAAUAUUAGCUGCUGUGUAUAUCGAUACUCGAUUUACUUUGAUAUUAGCUACAUUGUAUGCAUGGUUUGAUUUUAGUAUCACCAUAGCUUUUAAUGGUGUAUGUCGUAAUGAUUAUUAUUCUACAAAUGAUGAUUACAAUAAAACUUAUGGAAGUGGAACAAUAACGUAUUUAACUUAUUAUGGAACAGGAUCAAAAUUAAUUUUCUUUCAAUUAUUUUCCGAUAUUCCUCGUUACUUAUUUUUAUCUUAUGUUAGUAUUAAAUUGCCAAUAUUACUUUUCAAACGUAUUCGAUCUAGAAAAUUGAGAGUUAAACCAUUGACACGUGAACAAGAAUAUCUUUUGCAUUCAUCAUUACCAAACUCGGCUGAAUCACGAUAUGUGAAAAAUCUAUUUCGAUUAACUAAUACAGAAGAUGUAUCAAUGAAUCGAUUUGCACGUCUUUGUCGAUCUAUCUAUGCAUGGCGAAAUGAUUUUCGAUUUUCAUCACGUGUACUCUGUGUUUAUGCAUCGAUUUUCUUUUUACUUUUCUUUCUUACUCUACAGGCAUGUGUUCAAGUUCCUCCAUUUCUCGAUACACUACGUAUUAAGUUACAAAAAUUUAUAAAUUUGUUAAUGAUGUUCAUCAUUCACGGUGAUUUUAGUUUACAACAAAUUGAAGAUUCAUCUUCUGAUUUUCCUAUUCCUGAUCUUGUUCGACCUUAUUUGAUUGCUGUAUUUACAGCUCUCAUAGUGAUUUUUAUACAAUUGCUUGUUUUAUUAGUUUCUAUUCGUCGAAAUCUUUUACAAGUAUUUCAUGGUGAUAACUCAGAGAUUCCGCGACGUAUUUCUUCACAAAGUGUUGAUUACGCCUAUGAAAAUAUUCAUUUUGCCGGUUAUUUAAUCGGUUAUGUUUUAUGGGGUUAUAUAUUAGUAGCAUUUUUUGUUAUGAUCAUAGGUAUUAUAAUUGAUAUAGUUAUUACUUAUGGAAUGGUACGAUUUAUAGAAUCGAUUCUCAAAAAGAUUAUUCCUCCUUUACUUUUUGCCAUUUUUCAAGUCUAUAUGAAUAAAAUCUUAGCACAAUAUGUGUUUCUUCAACAAGGAGGUGAUGUUUUAUCUAUUAAUCAUCGUCGUAUAUUGAUGGUUCACUUAUAUUUUAAUUUUUUUCUCGAUGCAUUUCUGGGUUUAAUUUCGUCAAUUAUUCGUGUACUAACGGGUAUGAUCGGUGGAAUGAUAUAUAUGUGUCGGCUUGAUUGUUCUUCAAUGGGUCGAAAACUUGAAACAUUAGAAGCAGGUUUUAGUGCUUAUUGUGGAUUUAUUCAUAUGGAAUGUGCUCAUCGACAUCCUAUAUUACUUUAUUUUACGAGUGUUCUACUUCGUGAACAUUUGUAUGGCAUAUCAACAACACGUUGGUCAAAAGCACGACGUAAAUGGUAUUUAGCAUUUUUCUUAUUGAAUAAUCCGACGUUUAUCUAUCGAAGAAAAGGAUUUCUUGUUGGAUCACCAAUGAAUGAAAAAAUGAUAAUGUUAAUUAGAAGAAAAAAAUCUGAAAACAGUGUGUGCUGA